UGGCCAUUCCUUUUUCCAACACAAAAUUAUCGCAUCCCUCGAGGAUUCGCCAAUCUCCUGGAAGGACUGACCAGAGAGGUCUUAAGGGAGCAGCCGAAGGAUAUCCCGCUAUUUGCUGCCAGUUACUUUUCAGAUCUUCUGAAAAACAGGGAAGGGACGGGCUUUGAUCCAGCAGAAUGGGGCUCAUCUUUAGAGGACAGGUUCUACAACAAUCACUCUUUCCAGCAUGCAGAAGAGGAUAUAUUCACUCCACGCUCUGAAGGUGUAAACAGUUUUAAAAAAAGUGCAAAUAUGGUGGAUGGCUCUAUGGAAUUUCCUCAGCCACUAGAUGUCCCAUUGGAGGAGGAACACAAGGCACAGCCUCAAGAGGUCCCAUCAGAGGAAGAACCCAAGAUAAGACAACAGGAUGUCCCAUCAGAGGAGGAACCCAAGAUAGAGCAACAAGGUGUCCCAUCAGAGGAGGAACCCAAGAUAGAGCAACAUGUACCAUCAGAGGAAGAACCCAAA